AUGAAGCCGCCCUCAAUUAUCGAUUCUCCCUCACCUUUUCGGCGAUUCUCCUUACGAAGGCUUAGUGACAAGUGUCGAGACCGCUGGCGACUUGUUCGUUCAGCUUUGAAGAGGGCUGAUGGAGAUGUCUACACACGACGUACAUCCACUCAGAGCGCUCAGCAAGAAGCCGCAGGACCCAGCCGAGGGCAGGAAGUCGUCACCAACGGCAGUCGGCCUAGGCACGAGGAAGUGGCGUCGACCUCGCACAGGAGCCGAAACUCCAGCCAACCUCCUAUGCGCAAUAGUCGCGAGCACUCCUCUAGCACAAGAUAUGAACGAAGUCUCACGUACCGGUAUCGUUCCGAGACUCGCAUGGACGCGGCAGAGCUCGAAAAGAGAGAGCAGCUUGAGCAGUGGCUGAUGCAGCAGCCACUGGAGAAGAGGAAAUUGGACCAAAGCGAUCGGCAGGUCGCAAUGUUAGCAGGUACGAAUAAGAAUUAUUUUUUGCCUUAUAAAAAGUCGACUAUCGCUGUCUGUAAUGCAACGUCUCGUUUUUAUGUCGACAUUUUCCUCUCCAUGGCAACCAAAAUAUAA